UUUUAAACGGUCAAAAAAGGUAAAAAACGCCGUUUUUUUGCACCUUGGUAUCAGCACAGGGUCGCACAUGCCCCAAGCUGCAAGACAGCUUCCACAAACUGGCAGCAGCUACUCGAGUCGAGUGUAGCGAUGGCUUGCUCACUCACUCCAUCCCUGCUAUGCUUCCAUGGGCUAAUUGGAGGCAUCAAAGGACAUCUCUGGGCAUUUGGUUAUCCUCCUCCCCUCCCCAUUAUUCAAAAUAUAUCCUGUUCUUACCAUCUCUCAUUUCUUGUCCUCUCCUUUCCUCUGCUCCCAGGUUCUCUCUAUUCCUUCGCACUUCCUCUUUAUUACUCGUGUCCUUUUCCCCCUCUGUUUCCUUCACACCUGCUUCCUAUUGUUUCUUUUACAUAUCCUCACUCACCUUCUCUCCUUCCCAGCCCAUUCUGCUACGAGCCUUUGCAUUUUUCCGACUCGUUUUGCACUUUCCACUCUACUGCUCUUCUCCACCUAGGGAUGAGCAAAACCGGAUAAAUACCCGACCUGACCCGGUUUAUCCAUACUCGACCUCGGGUCGGGUAUUUUCGGGUCGGGUCCGGGUCGGGUAAUACCCCCAGGACCAUUACCCGGAUCCGGCCCUUAAUGGCAGGUAAUAUAAUACCCGCCAGGCGGAUACGGGUAUACCCGGCCCAGUUUAGGCUAAAAGCGGGUAUUGCUACCCGCCCAUGACAAAAUGCCUGAACAACCUCUGUUGUACCCUCUGUUGCCAUUGGUGUGUUUGUCAUGGUGCCCCCCCGGGUUGGGCGUCGACAUCGACAACCUAAACCCGGUUGCACUGCGUUUUUGCCAGCAUGAGAGGGGCGGGUACCCGAAUUCGGGUAUUCAAUACCCGGCGGGUCGGGUACCCGUUACCCGACAAGUCGGGUAAGAUUUCGGGUAACGGGUAUCGAAUACCCGCCGGGUAACCCGGACCCAACCCGCCGGGUAAUAUUCGGGAAUCCUCAUACCCGACCUGCCCUUAAAGCGGAUCCGGGUCCGGGUACCCGCCCCGCGCGGGUAUUUUGCUCAACCCUAUCUCCACCUCACAUCAUCCCCACCCUUUCCUUACUCCCCUUGUUUGUGCACGGCACACCGUGCCUCUCCUCUCCCAUCUUCUCUUGCAUGCCCCCCCCAUUCCUCCCCUGGUGUCUGUAUAUAUUACAAACCUUAGACCAGGAGAGAACAUCCCCCUUUGUACCAUUCGUUUCCAUGCAAACUUGGAAUGCCUCGUUCGUGUUCAUCAUCAUAGAUAUCUUUAUCGAAAUCAGCUCACUGGCUCAAUCCCCACUGCAAUUGGCAACCUUUCAAACCUGAAUACCCUACUACUUCAUUACAAUCAGCUCACUGGCUCAAUGCCCGCUGCAAUUGGCAACCUUUCAAACCUGGAACAACUGUAUGUAAGGAGUAUUUUCUGCGCUGCAAUCUCGUCCCCUCCAUUUCUCCCCUCCUUCCCUCACUUUGUAGCCCUCUUUUUUUUUCUCUCCUCUCCAGCCCACGUACAAGUAACCUCUCUAAUGAAUGGGGUUAGACAUGGGCAGCAUGCCAAGCCAAGCUCGGGCCGACCCGGCUCGACUCGCCAAUAAGGCGAGUCGAGCCGGGUCGAGCCGGUCGAGCCGCGCGGCUCGGCUCGACUCGUCACAAAUUUCAUGGCGAGCCACAGUUGAGCCGGCUCGACUCUGGCUCGAAUUUGGCUCGACUCCCGAAGUGCGCAGCUCGCCAGCGGGGGGUCAAAAUUCGAAGUCGAAAAUCCAUUUCAGGUUUUCGACUUCCAGCGAGCCUAAGCGUGCAUCUAGGCUAUUUCGCCACCAUAGCUUGCCCUCACUCCACCAACACCACUUCUUUACAUUAUUUUCGUCUACCUUUUACUCUUGUAGGAAGGAUCUAAGGGUUUAGGGACCUUUUCCUAAGAGCGCCAAGAUUCAAAAUUGCGGUUUUCGUAAUAUACGGUCCGUAAAUUACGACCGUUUUUUACGGGCAGUUUGGGAAAAACACGGCAUAAUUUUAAUAGAGCACAUAUUUUGUUUUUUCCAAGGGAGAAUGGCUCCUAUGCGGCUCAAACGUCAAGUGAAUGCUUCUUUAUGUGGCAGCUACAAACACGAUCUAGAGAGGUGUGACGUCCGGGACCCCUAUUUCCCCCUAUUCCCUACCUCCUCCUCCUACUCCUCCUCCUCCUCCUCCUCCUCCUCCGCCGCCUCCUCCUAUUCCGCCUCGUCAUCCUCAGCCGCUCCCUCCUCCUCUGUUUUGUAACUUGCGCGAAACCACCCUCCUGGGCGUGAAAAGAACCAACGGGUUCUUUCGUAACGGCCCAGCAAAAUUUCGAAAAACGCGGGACUCGGGUUUCGGGAGAAUUCUCGCUUCAGGAAAGCGUUGACUUUGUACAUUUGGGGGUGUGCAUGUAUCCUCACCCCCAGAAUUCUGAUACAAAACUCGACAUUGUGAAUGUACACCUUAGGUUUAGAAAAAACGGCAGGAAAAAACGGCCUUUUUUAAAACCAACGCAAAAGAGGUGAUUUCGAACCGUCAUAUUCGUAUUAUACGGCCGUAAAUUACGG